UGUACACUUGGCUCGAGACGUCAGUGACAGCUCACCCGGAUCGACUCGGGUAUUAAAAGGCAGACCAUCUGUACUGUUCCUUGCUCAGACAGCAGCGCAGCCACGACUAAUCGGGUGCUAGUGUAAACUGCGGGCCGUACAAGACGAUCAGUCGAUCGGGCGCUAUUAAGCCUUCUCUUUUCGAGUCGUCUCGAACCAUUGAAGAAACACUACUACAAAAUGUACAUGUAUUUCGACUGGACUAUUGGCCACAUUUAUUAUGGGGCUAGCCCAGGUGGACUCCCUUUCCUCCCUACGUAACGGAGGGUUAGUCGUAAUGCAAUGAAGACUUCGUCCAACCUGGGCUAUUAUUAUGGGGCUAGGUUUUGAACAGCUUCCAAUGCAUCAAUAUUCAGCAGCUACCACAGAAUCAACAAUCACCUUCAAUCAAACAACCAACUCCUCUACCGAGACAUACACCUCAGACACAGCUUUCUACACUGUUACAACUGAUUCCUCUGUUACAGUGAACUCUUCCGCUGCAACUGACCCCGCAGCCACCACGGACGCUGCAAUUACUGAUACUUCCACCACAGAAUCCUCCCCCGCUUCACAGUCCUUUGUCACCACAGAUAUCUCUGCCAUCACCGACUCUGUCACCACAAUGGACUCCUCUCCAAACACUGAUUUUGACUCGAUUACGGUUACUUCUACCGACUUUAAUGUAACCACAAACUCCUCUGCAAAUAUUGACUCUCUCGCUUCCACGGACUCUUCGAUCACCACAGACUCCAUGACCAACACAAACUCUACUGCCACCAUGGACUCGGCGUCUUCUACUGACUUUGAUGUUACCACAGACUUCUCUGAAACCACUGACUCUAACACCACCAUUGAUGUCGCUGCUACCACCUACUCUGUGGCCACCACAAACUUUUUGGCCACAAGUGAUUAUGCCACAUCCUCUGCCACCACAGACUCUGCUACCUCUACGGACUCCUCUGCCACCACUGACUUAACUGCUACAACCAUAGACUCAAUUCCAACUACCAACUCCUCUACAACCUCUGACUCUACUGCAAUUGCCACUACUGACUAUGUCACAACCACUGACUCAUCUGCAUUCACUGACUCUGCUGCAACCACAGACUCCUCUGCUAUCACUGACUCAGCUGCUACCACAGAUUCUACGGCUACCGAGGACUCUGCUACCGCCAUAAUAGCCACUUCAGACUCUUCUGCAACCUCAGACACCUCUGCAAGUAGUGACUCUGCUGGAACCACAGACUACUCUGCUACCCAAUAUUCUGCGGCCACAACAGAUUCUGCUACCAGCACGGACUCCUCUGCUACAACUGACUUGGCUGCUACCACAGAUUCUGUGGCCACUGCUGACUCUGCUACCACCACAGAAUCAAUAGCCAUUACAGACUCUGCUACAACCACGGACUUCACUGCUACCGAAUAUUCUGCGGCCACGGCAGAUUCUGCUACCAGCACGAACUCCUCUGCUACAACUGACUCGGCUGCUACCACAGAUUCUGUGGCCACAUCAGAGCCUGCUACAACCACUGACUCCUCUGCCACCACGGACUCCUCAGCCACCACUGACCUAGCUGCUACCACAGAUUUUGCUGCCACUGCUGACUCUGCUACCACCGCAGACUCAAUAACCACUACAGACUCUGCUGCAACCACCAACUCCUCUGCUACUGAAUAUUCUGCAACCACGACACAUUCUGCUAACAGCAUAGAUUCCACUGUCACCACUGACUCGGCUGUUACCACCAUGGACUCAAUAGCCACUACCGACUCUGCUGCAACCACUGACUUUUCUGCAACCUCAGACCCCUCUGCAACUACUGACUCUUCAGUCACCUCAGAAUCAAUUACCACUACUGACUCCUCUACAACCACUGACUCCUCUACAACCACUGAUGACUCUGCAACCACUGAUGACUCUGCAACCACUGAUGACUCCUCUGCAACCACUGACUCAGCUGCAACCACUGACUCCUCUGCAACCACUGACUCCUCUGCAACCACUGACUCCUCUGCAACCACUGACUCCUCUGCAACAUCUGACUCCUCUGCAACCACUGACUCCUCUGCAACCACUGACUCAGCUGCAACCACUGACUCAGCUGCCACCACAGACAACUCUGCUACCACAGACAACUCUGCUACCACAGACUACUCUGCUACCACAGAUUCUGCGGCCACUACAAAUUCUGCAGCAACCACAGGCUCCUCUGCAACAUCUGAGUCUUCGGUCACAACAGAAUUCAUUCCAACCACUGACUCUGCCACAGCCACAGACCCCUCUGUAACCACUAACUCUGCAGAAACUACUAACUUCGCUGCUACCACAAAUUCUGAGGCCACCUCAGACUCUACUACCACCACAGACUCAAUAGCCACUACAGACUCUGCUACAACCACCGACUCCUCUGCAACCGCUGAUUUGUCUACAACCCCAGACACCUCUGCAACUACUGACUCUUUAGUCACCUCAGAAUCAAUUGCCACUACUGACUCCUCUGCAACCACUGACUCCUCUGCAACCACUGACUCGGCUGCAACCACAGACAACUCUGCUACCACAGACUACUCUACUACCACAGAUUCUGCAGCCACUACAAAUUCUGCAGCGGCCAUUACAAGUUCAGUAGGAACCACAAACUCCUCUGCAACAUUUGAGUCUUCGGUCACAACAGAAUUAAUUCCUACCACUGACUCUGCCAUAACCACCAACUUGGCUGCUUCCACAAAUUCUGAUGCCACCUCAGACUCUACUUCCACCAUGGACCCCUCUGUCACCACUGACUCCUCUGCAGCCGCUGACUUUUCUGCAACCACAGACCCCUCUGCAACUACUGACUCCUCUGCAACUACUGACUCCUCUGCAACCACUGACUCAGCUGCAACCACAGACAACUCUGCUACCACAGACUACUCUACUACUGCUACAGAUUCUGCGGCCACUACAGAUUCUGAAGCAACCACAGACUCCUCUGCAACAUCUGAGUCUUCGGUCACAACAGAAUUAAUUCCCACUACUGACUCUGCCACAACAACAGACCCUUCUGUAACCACUAACUCUGUAGUAACCACUGACUCAGCUGCAACCACAGACAACUCUGCUACCACAGACUACUCUGCUACCACAGAUUCUGUGGCCACUACAAAUUCUGCAACAACCACAGGCUCAUCUGCAACAUCUGAGUCUUCAGUCACAACAGAAUUCAUUCCAACCACUGACUCUGCAACAACCACAGACCCUUCUGUAACCACUAACUCUGCAGUAACCACUAACUUGGUUGCUACCACAAAUUCUGAGGCCACAUCAGACUCUACUACCACCAUGGACUCCUCUGUCACCACGGAAUCAAUAGCCACUACAGACUCUGCUACAACCAUCGACUCCUCUGCAACCGCUGAUUUUUCUACUACCACAGACCCCUCUGCAACUACUGACUCUUCAGUCACCUCAGAAUCAAUUGCCACUACUGACUCCUCUACAACCACUGACUCCUCUGCAACCACUGACUCAGCUGCAACCACAGGCAAUUCUGCAACCACAGACUACUCUACUACCACAGAUUCUGCGGCUGCUACAAAUUCUGCAGCGGCCACUACAAAUUCUGCAGCAACCGCAGGCUACUCUGCAACAUUUGAGUCUUCGGUCACAACAGAAUUAAUUCCCACCUCUGACUCUGCCAUAACUACAGACCCUUCUGUAACCACUUACUCUGCAGUAACCACUAACUUGGCUGCUUCCACAAAUUCUGAGGCCACCUCAGACUCUACUACCACAAUGGACCUCUCUGUCACCACCGACUCCUCUACAGCUGAUGACUUUUCUGCAACCACAGACAACUCUGCUACCACAGACUACUCUACUACCACAGAUUCUGCGGCAGCUACAAAUUCUGCAGCGGCAACAACCACAGGCUCGUCUGCAACAUCUGAGUCUUCAGUCACAACAGAAUUCAUUCCCACCACCGACUCUGCCACAACCACAGACCCUUCUGUAACCACUAACUCUGCAGUUACCACUAACUUGGCUGCUACCACAAAUUCUGAGGCCACCUCAGACUCUACUACCACCAUGGACUCCUCUGUCACCACGGACCCUGCUACAAGCACCAACUCCUCUGCAACCACUGACUCCUCCACUACCACAGAUUAUGCGGCCACUACAAAUUCUGCAGCAACCACAGACUCCUCUGCAACAUCUGUGUCUUCGGUCACAACAGAAUUAGUUCCCACCACUGACUCUGCCACAACCGCAGACCCUUCUGUAACCACUAACUCUGCAGUUACCACUAACUUGGCUGCUACCACAAAUUCUGAGGCCACAUCAGACUCUACUACCACCAUGGACUCCUCUGUCACCACGGAAUCAAUAGCCACUACAGACUCUGCUACAACCAUCGACUCCUCUGUAACCGCUGAUAGUUCUACUACCACAGACCCCUCUGCAACUACUGACUCUUCAGUCACCUCGGAAUCAAUUGCCACUACUGACUCCUCUGCAACCACUGACUCCUCUGCAACCACUGACUCAGCUGCAACCACAGACAAUUCUGCUACCACAGACUACUCUACUACCACAGAUUCUGCGGCAGCUACAAAUUCUGCAGCGGCCACUACAAAUUCUGCAGCAACCGCAGGCUACUCUGCAACAUUUGAGUCUUCUGUCACAACAGAAUUAAUUCCCACCUCUGACUCUGCCAUAACUACAGACCCUUCUGUAACCUCUAACUCUGCAGUAACCACUAACUUGGCUGCUUCCACAAAUUCUGAGGCCACCUCAGACUCUACUACCACUAUGGACCUCUCUGUCACCACCGACUCCUCUACAGCCGAUGACUUUUCUGCAACCACAGACAACUCUGCUACCACAGACUACUCUACUACCACAGAUUCUGUGGCAGCUACAAAUUCUGCAGCGUCAACAACCACAGGCUCGUCUGCAACAUCUGAGUCUUCAGUCACAACAGAAUUCAUUCCCACCACCGACUCUGCCACAACCACAGACCCUUCUGUAACCACUAACUCUGCAGUUACCACUAACUUGGCUGCUACCACAAAUUCUGAGGCCACCUCAGACUCUACUACCACCAUGGACUCCUCUGUCACCACGGACCCUGCUACAAGCACCGACUCCUCUGCAACCACUGACUCCUCUACUACCACAGAUUAUGCGGCCACUACAAAUUCUGCAGCAACCACAGACUCCUCUGCAACAUCUGUGUCCUCGGUCACAACAGAAUUAGUUCCCACCACUGACUCUGCCACAACCGCAGACCCUUCUGUAACCACUAACUCUGCAGUAACCACUGACUCGGCUGCAACCAUAGACAACUCUGCUACCUCAGACUACUCUACUACCACAGAUUCUGCGGCCACUACAAAUUCUGCAGCUGCCACUACAAAUUCUGCAGCGGCCACUACAAAUUCUGCAGCAACCACAAGCUCUUCUGCAACAUCUGAGUCUUCGGUCACAACAGAAUUAAUUCCCCCCACUGACUCUGCCACAACCACGCCCUCUUCUGUAACCACUAACUCUGUAGUAACCACUGACUUGGCUGCUUCCACAAAUUCUGAGGCCACUUCAGACUCUACUACCACCACGGUCUCCUCUAUCACCACGGACUCAAUAGCCACUACAGACUCUGCUGCAACCACAGACUCAUCUACUACCGAAUAUUCUGCCACCAUGACAGAUUCUGCCACAUUGUUCCCCACAGAAUCAAUUGUCACAACUGCCUCUGCCGAGACUAAUGACACCUCUGCAACCACUGACUCUGCUGCAACCAGUGACUUGUCUGCAACCACUAACUCAGACGUCACCACAGAAUCAAUUGCCACCACUGAUUCUGCAACAACCACAGACUCUUAUGCAUCCAUCGCCUCUGCUGCAGUCACAGUCUCUUCUGCUACCACAGAUUCUGCUGCCAGCACAGGCUCUGCUACCACCAUUUACUCAUCUGCCACCACCGACUCGGCUGCUGCCUCUAUGGACCCAAUAGCCACUACCAAUUCUGCUGCAACCACUGACUCCUCAGCUACUACAGAUCCUGCUACCAGCAUGGACUCCUCUGCCACAACGGAGUCUGCCACAGCCAGUGAAUCUGCCACCGCUGAUGGCUUUACUGCCACGUCAGACUUCCAAGCUACUACCGACUCUGCUGGCACAGUGGUUUCUAUAGCCACCACUGGCUCUGCUGGUGUGCCAAUGUCAACCACCACAGAGAUACAGAUCACUCCAAUUGCUGCAGAUGUGGAAGGUCCAACAGUCACAUGUCCUGCAGUAAGCAUCGAGGUUUGCACAAUGGGCAAUAACGCUGUUGUUGAUUGGAUACUACAACCUUCUGCAGUGGACAAAAUAGAUGGUCCCAUCAAUGACAUCACGUGUAGAGAUCAGAACAAUAACAUAGUGAUAUCGGGUGGGGCAUAUGCAGUUGGAGUGACAACUAUUACAUGCACAGCACAAGACUCAUCAGGGAACAAAGGGAUGUGUACAUUCACCAUCACAGUCUAUGAGCCCAAGCUCGUUCCAUUUGGAGUUGCAGUUGGCGAUAGCAUGCUUUCCAGUGUCAAUCAACCAUUCUUUCUGCCACCUAAGGACCGGAUUUCGCCAACGUUCAGACCGAAACAUUUCUUCCCGUACUGUAGUGAUCUCUACGAAUUUUUGUAUUUCACCGACAAUGGCGUGAUCAUUCUGUCGAACAGGCCACGGGUACAAUACACCAACUCCAAACAGGCCUUUCCCAGUGCUCAAAGCAACGUUUUCACUGGCAAUGAGAGAAUGAUAGCCGCCUUCUGGGCAGAUGUCAACGCUGAUGCAUUUGACUCAACAAGCAACGUGUUCUGGCAGAUUUAUGAUGACCCGUCCACGGAUAGUGCCAUGCUGGCUACAUUGAGUUCUAUCGUGUCAGCACAAUUCUCAGCCAAUUGGGCUCUUGUAAUCACGUGGAGUAAUGUUCAGUCAGCCUCACAAAUUUCUGGGACUAACACCUUUCAAGCUGUAAUAUUGACUGAUGGAACACAUGGUUAUGUCAUCUUUAACUACGAUUCCUGCGGCAUGAACUGGGACCCGACCUUGUUAGUCAAUAGAAAUGUCAUCCAGGGUUUCACCUGUGGACGGAUUGACCAGCAGGUCUACGUAGACUUACCACCAGGUACCUCACUGUUCCGUCCAGGUAGUGUCGUGGGCAACUCGGGAAUACAAGGACGUUGGAUCUACCAAUUGGACACACUACCAGCUGACUUUGUGAAUCCUCGUUUAUUCUGCUGGAAUUGGUACAACCGUCAGGGAAGUUUUUUGCUUUCGGAUCCAUACGCUUCUGCUGUCACUAACACUUGCCCGAGUAACUUGCUAAUGGCUUGGAUUGACUGGAGAUGGCAAUAUUUCAGUGACGAUUACAUUCUACCUAGACGAUUUCCAAGAAGAACUUUUGAUUGCUUUGUGUACUGGUUCCAACCUCCAUGGAGUCCAGGCCCAAUUUGCUGCUACCGUACACGUAGAUGUGAUUUUGCUUGGGGGAUCAGGAGUGCACGUGUUGCCUCAGUAAUGGAGAGGUACCCUCCCAUCACCUUGCCUUGGUUUUAUACACCAGGACGUUCUCAGCUUCGGUAUGAGGAAGAAGUACUGCCUCGUUAUUAUUGCUGUGAGCAAUCCACAUUGUGUUACCUGUACAGACAGUGGAGACCAACCCAACACUGGUUAAGGUAUCAACCACCAUGGUGGGUAUGGUUUUGGGGCGACCCUCACAUGAGAACGCUUGAUGGUUUGGAGUACACCUUCAAUGGUCAGGGUGAAUACACUAUGGCUCUCAUUGAAGACGGUACAGGGCAGAGACUGUUUGAACUACAAGGCAGGACACAGCGAGCAUUCAACUCUAAAACCCAGCAGCUAUCCCAGGCAACAUUCUUUGCAGGCUUUGCUGCUGAGUACAUUGGUGAUGCAAGGAUUGAGAUAAAAGUGAACAGUGAAGGUACAGAUUUAGAAACAAAAGUCAAUGGUGAAGCCGUCACUCCUACAUCGCAAGGUUUGCAGUUUGGGAAUUUCACUGUGCAGAGAGAGGAAGAUCCGAUCAAAGUUAUUGCAAUGUAUCCAGAGGAUAUCCGAAUAUCCGUCGGGAUCAGCAACGGCUUUGCUGAUGUUUCACUGCAACUAGGCCAAGACUACAUGAACAAAACAGUGGGAUUGCUGGGUGUAUGGGAUGGUAACCAAGGUAACGAUAUUCAGAAGCGGAAUGGCAUCUUUCAACAAGCUUCAGGCCUAGAUGGAAACUUUGUGGAACAAGACUUCUUUAAUUUUGGUGAAACAUGGCGAAUCACUGAAAGUGAUUCUCUGUUCUACUAUGUACCUCCGGAUGAGAACUGGUCAGAUAUGAACGAUCUGAAUUUCACACCAAAGUUCCUGGAAGAUCUCAUAAAUGAAGCUGAUGCGGCAUCACUCCAAGCUGCUCAAGAUGCCUGUGGAGAAAACAAAGUGUGUUUGUAUGAUGCCUUGGCAACGGGUAGUACAGAUAUUGGUCUGGCAUCCAUGAAACUGAACGAGGAGAACACUGCAAACCUUGUUGCAGCAACCAAUUUUGCACCUAUCUUCACACUUGUUGAGACAAUCGAGGUUGUUGUUGGACAGCCCUUUACACUGCAGUUGGAGGUUAUUGAUCCUGAUGGGGAUGGUAUUUCAUUUGAGUUACUGGAGAUAAUACCGGGUGCAUCCGUGACGUCACCAGGUGGCCUGUUUACAUGGACACCGGCUGAUAGGUCAAAGGUCAGCCUGGGUUUCUUAGCAACAGACGGCAAUUCCAAUGCUACAUUGGAGCCAGUAGUGAAACUGUGUGACUGUGUGAAUGAUGGAACCUGUAUGUAUGAUCAGUAUGUGGGUGAUACCAAUGUCAUCGCAGAGGACCGCUUUGGGGUAGUGUUAUGUAACUGCACACCUGGCUGGUCUGGUGACUUCUGUGAGGUGAACUAUGAUGCUUGUCAAGACAACCCCUGCUUCCUAGGAGUGGCGUGUUUUGAUGAUGAUCCACCAUCUCUAAAUUUCACCUGUGGAUCAUGCCCGGAAGGAACACACGGAGAUGGCAAGACAUGCAUGGAUAUUGAUGAGUGUGUUGUGUACAGAGACGAACCAGCCAGCAAUAACGGACGUGGUUGUGAUCACAUUUGUGUCAAUACCCUCGGUAGCUUCAACUGCAGCUGCAACUCUGGCUUUUCCUUGUUUGUUGACGGCAAGCAUUGUAUUGAUAUCCAUGAAUGUGACCUUCAGACUGACAACUGUGCAGACGAUGCUACCUGUAACAACACCCACGGUGGCUUUGAAUGCAGCUGCAAUACAGGCUUUAUGGAUAUCAAUGGAGAUGGCACAUCUUGUCAAGACAUCAAUGAAUGCAUUGGAGUGAAUGGGUGCGAUGACAAUGCUGACUGUGCUAACAUUAUUGGUUCAUAUCAGUGUAUCUGUCGUGAAGGUUACGAGGGCAGUGGCUUCUCAUGUGCAGAUAUCAACGAGUGUAGCAGAACCAUUGAUGAAUGUGACACCAAAGCAACAUGUGAUAACACUGAUGGUUCAUAUAACUGCAGCUGUAAUAAUGGCUGGUCUGGUGACGGCCGUACAUGUACCAACGAGAAUGAAUGUGAGAGGUUGACACCAGUCUGCCAUGUGAAUGCCACCUGCACUGAUACCAUGGGCAGCUUCACCUGUCAGUGCAAUGCUGGCUUUACAGGGGAUGGCAUGGAUUGUCAAGAUAUUGAUGAAUGUGCACUUGAAAUUGACAACUGCCCUCAGGAAUGUGGCAACAAUGUCGGAUCAUUUGUGUGUGUGUGCAACGAAGCAUUUACACAGACGCAAGAUGGAAGUUGUCUUGCUAAAAACAAUUGUUCUGUUACUGCUUCAUGUGCCAAUGGUGACUGCUAUUUGAAUGGAUCUAACGUGGAGACGUGCCUGUGUUUCAGUGGUUACCAAACAGUAGGCGAUCCCACGGUGUGUCAAGAUAUUGACGAGUGUUUAAUUAACACUCACAGCUGUGGAGCCAAUUCAACUUGUAACAACACUGCAGGUGGAUAUGAUUGUCUUUGUCAAGUUGGCUUCAUGCUAGACAAUGACCAGCGAAGCUGCUCAGAUAUUGAUGAAUGCAACCUGCCUGUUGAUGAUCCGUUGUAUGCUGGCUGUGAUCCUAACGCAUUGUGCACUAACAUUGAUGGUUCGUUUCAGUGCAGCUGUAUCAGUGGAUAUGGAGGCAAUGGUACUUAUUGUGCAAAUGCUAAUGAAUGUGAAGGAGGGAUUAGCGCCUGUGUGAUGAACAGUACAUGUGUAGAUACUGAUGGUAGCUACCGCUGCAUUUGUGAUGAUGGUUUCCGUGGUGAUGGCCGUGUAUCAUGUGAUAAUAUUGACGAAUGCCAGGAGAACUCUCAUAACUGCCACUCCUUAGCAACAUGCAUGGAUUCUACAGGCAGCUACCAAUGUGUCUGUAACCAAGCAUAUCAAGGAAAUGGCACAUACUGUGAAGAUGUAAAUGAAUGCACAACCGAUAGUCAUGAAUGUGCUUCAGACACUGCUGAUUGCUUCAACAGCGAUGGUAGUUAUAUGUGUAUCUGCAUGGAUGGAUAUGUGUCUGCUCCAGGAAUGUUACCUGGCCGACAAUGUCAAGACAUUAAUGAGUGCGCUUUGAGUCUGGAUUCAUGCAAUCCAUCGGUCUCUGAAUGUGCCAACAUCAAUGGUAGCUUCACAUGCGAAUGCCUGACUGGAUACGAGAAGAACAUGGAUCAGUGUGUGGAUGUUAAUGAAUGCGAGGAAACACCAUGUGCAUCAAGAGCCAACUCAGAAUGCGUUAAUCUACCAGGAACCCAUGAUUGUCCAUGUGUCAUUGGAUACUACCUACAAAACUCAAUGUGUCAAGAGGGUUUCUCGUACAAUGCGUCUGCAGUCUUUGAUAUUAUCAGCAACCUUGUCAUUGGUGGGGCUGGCUUUGAUCUUGAUAGAGACUAUGUAGUUUAUCGAUCUGAGUUGAAACAGUCGAUUGAAACAGCAUUCCAGGAUUCCACACUGUCCAGUUCCUUUGGGGAUGUGGUCAUAUCUGAGAUAUCACUCCUUACUGAUUCUACAGCUUUGUUGAGAUUUGUUAUCAAUCUUGAAAGUUCCCAACCAGAACAAACCAUCAUCCAGGCCUUUCUAAGCCAGUUGACAGGGGGCAGUGGGGGUCAGUUGGCCCCAAACCAUAGGCUGGUCAGAUCAACAUUCAUCAUCGGAGAUCCCAAAUGUAAGGCCUUGCCGUGUACCAAUGGAGGAACUUGUGCUGAAGACAACACAGUAUCUGAUGGAUAUACAUGCAGUUGUCGUUUGGGCUACAGUGGACAAAACUGUGAAAUUGGACCAUGCGGCAAUAAUCCUUGUAUGAAUGGCGGAACAUGUCGUCUUAAUUCCACAACAAUCACUGGCUAUACGUGCACAUGUGCCCAAGGGUACACUGGAUCCCAGUGUCAAACUAUGGUGCCUUGUGAUCUGGGCAAUGACUGUACUAACGGAGCAACUUGUAUCAAUAUGUUAUCAAACACCAGAGGAUACACCUGCAUGUGCCCGGCUGGAUUCUUAGGUGAAAACUGUGAAAAUGAAUGUUCACUCAACUGCAUGAAUGGCGGCACGAGAGAUACAAAUACCUGUGAGUGUGUAUGCAUUCAACCAUGGAGUGGAAGCACGUGCACAGAAUGUUCCUUGAUGUGUCAGAAUGCCGGAGUUCUAAACAGUGGGACAUGCGAGUGUUCAUGUCUUCAGAGCUGGCGCGGACUGGAUUGCACAGAGUGUUCACUGACAGCUUCAAGCUGCAUGAAUGGAGGUUCAUUUGACGGAGAGUAUUGUGAGUGUGUCUGCCCUCUGACUCAUUCCGGAUCAACUUGUGAAAAUGAGAAUGUGUGUUUGACCACCACUGACUCUUGCUUAGAUAGUGCCACUGGGCGGUACUGUGUACCUGCUUCAAGUGGUUUCAUGUGCCAGUGCCGUACUUUUGAUGGAUUUUUCAUGGUGUCAAACGCAUGUGAACAGCUGCAGUCAGUGACAGUUGUGUUUGAAGCCUCCAACGAGAUUUACAGUAGUAUUUUCAGCAAUCCAUGGUCCUCCGCUUUCAAGGCCAAAGUUGCUAUUUUUGAACGCCUAGUCCUAAUACUACUGAGGGCAGACCCGGCCACCAGUGAUGUUGUAUCAGCCGACGGUAUAUCCCUCCAAUCAGGAAGUGUAGUGGUUACCAUGGUAUUACAAUACCCAGGCACUCCGCCAACAGCUGAUGUGUUGCAAGUCUUUUCAAGCACCAACGAACUGACAGAUAAUAGUAUAACAGUACCCAUCAACCCUUUAACCAUUACAGUCAGUGCUUCAACGACGGAUUGUGAAGCAAAUUAUUGUCAGAAUGGUGGAAGAUGUGUGAGGAUGGGAUAUUACCCGACUCAGAUCACUUACUCUUGCAGGUGCGGGACUUCAUUCACUGGUGAGCGUUGCGAGACGGUUAUUACAGUACCAACCGACGUUCCAAGCGAAACCACCACAGAAUCACCAGGUCCUGAAGGUGUGUCAACUCUUGCAAUCAUUCUCAUCGUUGUGGCCUGCGUAUUCCUCCUGCUGAUGGCAGUGGGUUUGCUUUUGUGCUUGUGUCUUCUGAUACGACGUCGCUAUGAAGCAGGUCUCUACUCCCAUCGGGGAUGGCAAAAGCCUGACGGGCCAAGAGUCAACUAUGUUCUGUCUUACUAUCCAGAGGAUGGCUACAGUACAUCCUCCUUGAGAGAUGAAGAGAUCAGAAUGAAUCGACUGAUGAAUGUCAUGAGCCGUUCACCUUACUUACAGCAGGGUUUGCCAAGACGAAAUGAUUUCAUUCGACCAUAUGUAGUAACUGGAAUGGAGGGGCUGUACCGUGAUGAGGAAAGGUAUGAUGACCCGCCUGCAGGCCGAGUGGUUUACAACCCAAAUGUCUACCGCUAGACCACCAAUAAAACAUUCCACUCGCCAGUUAUACAUACCAACAGCUGUCCUCAAAAUGUUAUUGAUUUCAGUUCUUAGCAGUGAAGCAUUUCGGUACAUCUAAGGAGAUCUUUGCAAAUCAGAGUAAUUGUAAGGGCAUAUCAUUGCCUGCAAACUUUAUUACAUAAUGACACAACAUUAGCCCUAUUAACAUAGUGUUGUUUUGUCUUCCUAACACAUCUAAAUUGUAAUUCCAUUUUUCUCCGGUGGAAUUGGUGGACUAUUCUAGAACGUGGAAGCAAUGUUGGUUGGAAUUUACUCUGAAAUACUUAAGCCAUGUGGCUGUGUGUUUUGGGUUUUGGGGGUUUUUUUUGGUAAUGUUUCUUUUUUUUGUAUUCUGUUCUUUUCCAUUUUCCAGCUUUAGAUUAAAAAAGUGUUUUAAUCCUGAUAAUACAAUAUAUGUAGUACUUAUAUAUAACAUUUAGGACUAUAAGCAUGGUGAAUUUUAUUCCUUUUUUUCAUUCCUUUAUUUGGUAUAUUAAUACAUUGUAUAUAGUCCUAUAGAUGUUUCAGACAAUGUAGAAGACUUGUAUAGGCACAGUGAGGUCACCUGAGCAUCAUUAUAUACCCCUUGUAGAUUUGUGGAAUUUAUGCCACUACAUGUAUAGCUUUUCUCAGUUACUUUAAGACUUGUACCAUUUAAACUCCAUUGACAGAUACUAUAAGUUUGUCUGUCGCUCGGCUCCAUUGUUAAUUUCGUCUCGAAUUUACACCAAUACUGUACAUUUCAUAUUUGGUCCAGUGUAUUUUGCGAAUGUAGCAUUCUGAAUUGUCCUGUAGUUUUGGGAAAUUAGUCUCAUGUGGAGUUUGAGUUAAGCAAAUUCAUUUUUUUUUAUGGCAUGUUUUGGUCAUUCAAUUUCGUUGAAUCUAAAACGUCCAAUAUGUUUCUAAUCUCUUCGACUUUUUCAUUGCAAUGAUGAAAAUAAUAGUGAUAUCAUAAUGUAGGAUGCAUGGGUGAACCGUCUAUGAUGUAUAACCCUGAAUAAUAUUAGCUUCUGUUUUUCCCAAAUUAUAACAGUUUGUAUAUAAUCGAUGCCGGGUUUUUUUUAGGUUUAUGGGUGGUUAAAUAAGAUCCCGAGCUGAUGUCGUUGCAGAAUUUUGCAGAAUCAGUAAAAUGAGUGUUUGAUUCUUGUAUAUUUGCUGUAUGGUUUAAUCAAUCAACCUUCAGAAUAUGGAUCAAGUAGAAUUACAUACCGGUACAUUCGAACAGAAGUUUUCUUCAAAAUGUACAAAAUGUAAGACAUCAAUGCUUAUUAGUCAUUGGUCUCUAGGGAUGCAUAUCUUCAAAAGGUCUUGUUACAGUGAUAUGAAAUAGUUCUUCCACAGGGUUUAUAUUCGGCAUGUGACAACAAAAUAUUACCUGGAGCCAUAUCCCUAAUUUUGUCAAACGUGCAAACAAACCGUCACGAAAAUCGAGUUAAAUCUGAGUAGCCGUCUACCAACCGACAGCCGGCAGCUACAGUUUCAACCCUAUUGUUACAGUGUAGUUGGAAGCCUUUAGCAUCAACACAACGCUAUAUCCGUUUUAUUUACGUACGUAUUUUUCCUUUGCUUACGGGCCUACUCUUAGUUGGGUGAUUACAAUUUUAAAAUUAGAAAGGCACAGUGAAACACGUUAUUUGCAGCUUAUUUUACAUAAAAAUGUAGCCUAUAUAACGUUAUUUUUAAUUAAAAGAGAAAAGAUGUAA